CGGUCAAUGUGAUAUGUGUAUCAGGUAAACAUCACUGAGCUCGCCUGUAUGAACUCAGAGCGGGUAAAGUUAACGCGGGCAGAGCAGAAAUGGCCACAGCCAUGUAUUUGGAGCAUUAUCUAGACAGUAUCGAGGGUCUUCCCUUUGAGCUGCAGAGAAACUUCUCACUGAUGACCGAUCUGGACAACAGGACUGAAUUGAAGAAGGUGGAGAUUGAUAACCUAGCUGCUGAAUACACUGCAAAAGUGAAGAACCUGUCCUCUGAGGAGCGAAUGGAACACCUGAAGAGAAUUGAGAACGCCUACGAUCAGUGCAGAGAGUUUAGCGAUGAUAAAGUGCUGCUCGCAAUGCAGAUUUAUGAGAUGGUAGACAAACACAUCCGCCGGCUAGAUGCCGAUCUUGCACGUUUUGAGAGUGAGCUGAAGGAUAAACUGGACUCCAGUGGUCUGGAGAGCUCAGAUGAAAAGAAAAGCAGAAAGGAUAAAAAUGUCAGGGAGAAGAAGAGAUGCAGUGGGCGAGGUCAGAAAACAUCUAAUAACAACUCUCCUAAACACACGGCACAGAAGACCAGCCCUGCCCUGCUAGCUGUGCAGCCUUCAGAUGUUCUGGACAUGCCAGUGGAUCCAAACGAGCCGACAUACUGCCUGUGCAGCCAGGUGUCAUAUGGAGAGAUGAUUGGCUGUGAUAACGCUGAUUGUCCGAUUGAAUGGUUCCACUUUGCCUGUGUGGAUCUGACAACUAAACCAAAGGGAGAAUGGUUCUGUCCGCGGUGCGUUCUGGACAUGAGGAAGAAGUAAAGCUGCUCCAGUUUGAGCUGACACAGCUAUGAGUUCACACUGUAAUGUGUGAUGUCACCAAAGACGUAUUUAUACUGAAUCAGACUGUACUAAAGAACAGCCUCCAGCACUGCUGCCGCCAUAUGGAGAAGCUGUUUCUCUAAUGCUUAUUUUAUUAAUAAAGUUUUGAUUAAAUGA